AUGGACGACGCGCCGUGUCACGCAGUCGCAGCGCUGCUCGAGCAGCUACAGGGCGCCGCGAGCAACGCCGAGCAGCUCCAGCUCUUCCAUCAGGUGCAGGAGAUCGUGCAGCACCGGGACGCGUCGGGCGCCGAGCGCUGCGUGCUCCGUCGCGCGCUGCCGCUGCUUCAACAGGUCGCGCAGCUCCCGAACGCGGCGCUCGUGGCGGCCAUUUUGCAGCUAUUGGACCAGGAAGCGGCUUCCACUGCAGCAGUUGUGGCCAAUACGAAGACAACACGGACGGGGACUGCCAUGGACCCGGCAGCGGCCGUCGUGGCGGCGCUCUAUGACGUGUGCCACACGGUGCUUCUGCUCAGUUACUCGACCGAGAAGAACGUGGUGCUGGCGCUGCAGCUGGCGCUACGGACGCUCCACCAGAGCUUUGAUGUGGCUCUGCAGGCUGAGACGGACGGGACCGACCUGGAGCCACGAAAGUGCUGGGACGCGACGCUGCGAUGCCUCGACGCAACGGCCGAUAUUGUGAUCCACGCGCCCGACACGGGGUCCAGCAGUCGCAGUGCUAUGGUCUGGCUACGCUCGUGGAAGUUCCUUGAGAGUGGCGUGAUGCUGCUGAGUACGGCACAGGACGCGUCCGUGUAUCGAGAUCCAAUGAGGUCGAACGUGCAGCCAAAUGUCUGCAGCUUGGAUCGACUGAAGGGAGUUCAGUCGACACUGUUGGUCCAGGCAGAGCUCGAAGCACGUGGUGUCUCGUUGUUGCAACGCAUGUGUGAAGUCGUUGGGGCACGUGCGUCCGAGACAAAGCUCUUGCUGGCGAAGCGAGAGCUGAGCGUGGCUGUGAACUCGCUGUCGCUGCUUGCAGCUGUGCGACCGCAGUUUAUGCCACAUGUAUUGCCGAGACUUGUGGCGCUCUCGAACACAGUAUCGACGCCUGGAACCGAAGAUGCUGGUAUACAAAAGACGGUGACGGCAAACUUGGUCAAGCUGUUGAGUCAUCCGGCGGCGCAGGUGCUAGCAGACGAGGUGACGGACGUUUUAAUUGCUGUCGGUGCGUCUCAGCGCGCGUUUGCUGCCAUCAGCAAGAGCAAAGAACAACGACGACGGUACACGUCAGCACCGACGGAAGCUUCACUGCGCAGAGCAAGGAUCGGCAAACGCACAGCGCAAUCGAUUACGGAGCGAGUAGAGAACGCCAAUGCGCAUGCCAAGCGCAGACGUGUGAAUCUGUCGGGGUCAUCAGCUGCCCCGGUCUCGAAAGAGAAGGUGACACACGACGGGAUCGUGAACAUGCAAGCUGUCGAAGUGGCCAACUUGGUGCUGGAGAGCUUCACUUCCGACAUGACCGCACCAGCACCACCUGAUCUACAACUGGAGCUAGUGCCCAGCGCAUUGAAGACGAGAAUGUCCGCUCUGCUUGCAAAACUCGCAACACCUUCGUCUGCUCUUGCGAUCGAGAAAAGCGCCAAACGCAUGCGCGACCCCCGUCUCCGACGUGACCCAAGACUGCAAGCACAAAACAAGGAGCAGCCAGCACUCGUGCCAAUCUUUGACGAUACUGCCGUCGAAGAAGUGAGCGACUGGAUAUCGAAGAAUGCUGCUACAAUCGCAGAGCCGCUCGUAUCUGUCUCAGAGGACAACGUGGUCCAAGUGCAUCUGAAGCCGGAGACCUUGGCCUGGCAGCACGAGAUGGCUAUCGAUGCUCUUGUUCGGAUCUUGGAAAAUGAAUACGGGGUAAAGAUUCGAGGAGACGAAGCGUUGCGUGAAGGUCUUGUUUGCCGACUUGCAGCAAGCCUGUGGCUUCUUGGCACGGACGAAAGCAACAAGUUGGCAUCGGGGCCCGGAAGUAGUUUGAAACUGCCGUUUGUUUAUCAGAAAAUUUUGGAUUUCGUUCUGGGCGAUUAUUGCGUGCGUUCAACGCUGGCAACAAAUCUGCUUUGUCAGGAGUACAUUCGUGCCUCAGCUUCUCAGUUGACACCCCUUGCCGGUGAGAGCUCGACGGCUCUUGCCGACACUGGUGAUUACCAGAUCUACCGAGCGUCCGUCAAUUACUUCUUUGACGCGCUUCAGAAGAAAAUGGAUCUGUCUUUGUCGGCAGACAAGAAGCUCUUUGGGGCUUUGGUGGCACAACUGCCAUGUGUUUCAGUGGAGAUUCUCCGCAUCAUCACAUCGCUGUUUAGCGAGAAAGCUGGAAUUGUGCUAGGCAUCACCUUGCUGCGUGAUUUGGCAAAAGAGCGAAUGGCAUGUCAGACGCCUUGUCUUUUGAUUUUGCUGCGGUACACAUGUCACGAGGACGAACAUUAUCGUAAUGCUACCAUCAGGUGUGUCGCCAACCAGCUGUAUAGUGUCAGUACGCUCAAAAGGGACAUCGAAGCAUUUGCGGUCAAGCUGGUCAACUCGCUGCAAGAGCCUGUGCCACAAAGCGAGGAGUGUGCGGUGAAAGAUGAAGACAUGCCUCACAGCUCACACGAAGACGAGAAUGGUGAGAAACCGAGCGUCGAAUCUCCGAUUGAAGUGAAAGUGGAAAAAGCCGGCAACUGGUUUGAAAGUCAGGUGAAACUAAUAGCUCUUGCUGAAAAGAGCACUAGCCAAGAGCUGCGCACGUAUGCUGCCAAGAUCCAGGAUGAGACGGAUCUUUCGAGACCUCUUGACAGCGAGCUGGAGGUUCUUCGGCGUUUGGAACUUUACCUGGCACUGUGCGCGAAGAAGCCGUCGCUUUUGACACACUUGGUAAAAACGUACGCGUACGCUUCUGAGACUGUACGCCAGUCCAUUUUCCGCGCCAUUGAAAAACUGAUAAAGCAUUUGAAGCAACGCGGAAGCGUGAAUGUCGUCGCUCAGUUGCACGGGUUCGAGCCAAACGCUUUAGGGCUGGUAUGCCACAUCAUUCAGAUUUUGUCGAUCCGUGGACGACCGAACGAAUCAAGCUCGUCGGGCACAGAUGAUCUCGUUCAACAGAUUUUAGCGUUGUACCGCAGCCAUGAGCACAUUCCGGACUCCAUCUCGGUGCUGAUUCCGGUAUUGCCCAACAUCCGCGGCGAGACCUUGUUCCCAUUGUUGCCCGACCUAUUGACGCUACCUCCAGCCCGGCUAUCAGUCGCCAUCACUCGACUGUUGGAAGCGAUGCCUCCGCAGGUAGUAGCUCCGAUCGACUUGCUCGUGGCGCUUCAUCAUGUGGAUCUCAAGAGCGAGCCAAAUAUGCAAAAGAAGGUUAUUGCUGCUAUCAACUUUUGUGUGGAACACCGCCACGCUUUUCCGUCGGACGUGCUACUUCAUGUGUGUCGCGUGCUGGUGAAGGAGGAAAAGAUUUCGAAACUGUCGCUUCGCACGCUCAUUCUCAGCGUUACAGCGUACCCUACGUUGCAGCGUGACAUGGCUUCGCUGUUGGAGAUCCUCGUUGACAGGAAGGUUUGGGAAAUGGAGGACGCGCUGUGGAAGGGCUUUGUGAAGUGCUCGGCACUCAUUCAGCCGGCAUCAUUCCCCCUGAUGCUUCGUAGACUUCCCGUUGCUCAGCUUGCGUCGUUGCUGAAAGAGGAAAAGGACCUACGUGUCUUGCUGCGCGAAUAUGCUUUUACUGCCGGUCCCGACGACCAGCCACUUGACCUUUCAUCCGAGGUCAAUGCGCUGCUGGAAGACCCAAGCGAGGGCAUUGUCAAGCAUGAAAAGACUGAUGAUGCCGAAAUGCCAGAGACAGUGGUGAAAAUGGAGGUAGACGACGUGGAUCCGAUAAAGGUGGAGAAGGACGAAGAAGGUGAAAGUAUCGUUUGA